AUGAAACUCGAACAUGUAUAUGAAAAUGCACCCCUCCUCGAAGCUGAAGUUGAUGUCUAUCGAUCGCUUGCUGGCGGUGUUGGCAUUCCACGCGUUCACGCCUAUUUGUUCGAAUGCGAAUAUAAUGUUAUGGUGUUCGAUCUUCUGGGACCGAGUUUGGAGGACCUCUUCAAUUUUUGCGGUCGCCAGUUCUCUCUCAAGACAGUGUUGAUGCUUGCCGACCAGCUUCUCCAUCGUCUCGAGUAUAUACACUCCAAGGAUGUUAUCCAUCGCGACAUUAAGCCGGAGAAUUUCUUGAUGGGUAUGGGGAAGUAUGGGAACCAUGUAUAUGUCACCGACUUGGGCCUUGCCACGGAACGUCGUGAAGUCCAAAUAAAGUCCGUUCCUGCUAGUGUGAAACGACAUCUAAUAGGCACAGCACGUUUUGCCAGCAUCAACGGCCACUUAGGCACUCUGCAAGAUCGCUGCGAUGACUUGGAGUCUCUCGGGUACAUGCUCCUCUACUUCCUCCGCGGCUCCCUCCCGUGGCAAGGUUUUACGGCAAAAGAUCAUGCGCAGAAAGAUGAGCUGAUCUUGGAGAAGAAGAAAACGAUCAGUACAAAAGAUCUUUGCAGGGACCUACCCAAGGACUUUUUGACUUAUUUCGACCACAUCCGCUCCCUUGGAUUUGACGAGAGACCGGUGUAUGCCUACCUGCGCAAGAUAUUUCGCAGUCUCUUUAUCCAAGAGGGCUUUGAUCAUGAUUAUGUAUUUGACUGGACAAUUCUGAAAUAUUUGAUGGGUACAUGA